GGACAUGCGCGAAUUUGGUCCAUCCAAAGCUUUUGACAGGAUUUUGUUGAAUUUGGGAAGACCGCUGGGUUGGUGUUUUCUGAUGUUUUCCAGUUAAUAAUAGCGUGUUAAAAGCGGCCAAAGUGAGAAACACUGAAUUGUGUUCGGUUUGUCCGUGAUAAGAGUUAAAUGUCCCCUUUAAUUAAUUUUCGAGCGGUGACAGAGAAGCUGAAUGUCAUCAAUAAAUUCUUGCGUGGACAUGGACGUUGACGGUCCAGUCAACGGUUCCGGCACCCUGAAGAGGUGCUCCAGUGCUCCUAUGAUUAAUGAGAGCAAUUCCAUCAUGACCACUGCGACACCUUCCGGUUCGUCUUCGAGGGAUCAGCAGUCCUUCAACUUAUUUGGGGCCACCACGCAGACCAGGACUCGCAGAUUUAGUGCCAGCUUCAGCCCGGUGCCCGGCUCUCCUGUGUCCGGCCUCCGCCUCACCCCCCGGAUAAACCAGCUCCGCCAAGAAGAGCACGCCGACGUGAGCAACCUUCGCGAGCUGGCCCACGAGCGCGAAGUCCACCACGCCAUGCAGAUCUCCCAGUCCUGGGAGGACCUCAGCCUAAUGAACGAAUCUCACAGCGACUCCAAGUCCAACAAGAUGGGGCCGCUGCACGUAAACCUGCCGCCGUACAGCGGCCUCAACUGCAACUCCCCCUCCCCCACGCGCCUCAGCUCGCCGGGCUUCCAGAGCCCCACGAGGGCGUCGCGGACGUUCAUCAGGCGGAGCGCCAGUCCGGUGCUCCGGCCCAGCCCCCUCGGGGUCAAGAGGAAACUCGACGACGACAAGAACGACUACUACGUAAGUCCGAGGUCGAAGAGGUUUCACAGUUACUCGGCCGCGGACCGCGGCGGCCUGCUCACGACGACGCCGAGCAGUCUGCCGGGCUCCCUGAGUUCGGUCGGGACGCCCGAGUCGUUGUCGAGUGCCGAUUCACCAGGGUUUAACUAUAGGAACGUAGAUAGUCUUUCGCCUAAUCGUGCAAUGCCGCCGGAACCGAUGAUCGUGGCUAAGGGGGAUCAUGAUAUGAACGACAGUCCUAGUUAAGGGGGGAUGAUAUUUUGAUGAUUGUGUAGGGUAGGUUUUUGAGUAGUGAUGUUUGUCACCGAUGAAAUCAGACAGUUAUUGAAAAAUAUUUUGGAAGGGGAGGGGGAUUAAGAACGUGUGUAUUGAACAUGACUGACCUUCACAAUUCUGAUUUUUUUCGUAGUGUGGCUCGAUUUUUAAAUAUUUAUUCAAAUUCUGCCAUUUUCUAUAUUAGUAGGUAAGGUUAUUAAGGAAAAAGUGAAAUUAAAAGAAGUUCGUAGUCAUUGUAAGAAGUAAUAUGUAAAAAUCCAAGUUGAUAUUUGAAAUUUUCGUUUUUUUAAAGCUUCGUUUAAUUUCUUUGAAUAUACGUAAGUUUUUUAGAGUGUAGUUGAUAAAAAUUGGGCGUCUCAUUUUUUUAAUAGUUGUAGUGUGUUACUAAAUGAUUUAUAUUGAUCGUAUUUUGAGCAAUAAUUUCAAGUAAAUGAGUUUAAGGUUUUUAUUUGAUUUAAAUUUUUACUCUUUGUAUAUUAUAUUUACUCUUUUAAAAGUUGGGAUGAUUAUUUGGUUGAUCGCAUACAUGACUUACGAAAAAGGCAUAAAGGUAUUUAUUUUUUUAAUAAUAAACUUGGUGAAACACUAAUUAUCGUUACAAGCUGUUUGACUAACUUGGUUAAAGCAAAUUUAAAACUAAUUUAGAUUAAAAACAUAUUUUAGUUUACUAAUUUCAGAAAAAAGUGCCAAAAUUCCAAAGAUUUUGACUAAUUUCACUGAUAACAAUUAAUUUAUAGUCAUAAAAUUUAUAUUAGAUUGUCGGUUACUCUUCAUGUUAAGAAAUUUAGUUUUUAACUACAUAAAGAUAGAAAACUUUAAGUUAUAUUCUUUAUCUGUGUUGAAUUUGAGUACUUGAAGUUUUAUGGUUUGUAACGAAAUUAAUAAUUUUAGUAAUCUGCAUCCCUGAAAGUUGGCAGCAUUAUGUGCUGUCAUUUGCAACGUCAAGAAUUUGUGCUCGUACUUAAAAUCGGUGAAAAUUGUCUAGUGUGCUUCCGUAUUUAAAUCUUGAGGUCACUCGUUGACGUGUGUCGACAACAGUGUCGCCAACUGAUGUCAAAUUUAAGACUUGCAUUAUGGGAGAAGGGAAAAAAUGAAUCAGUUAACUUUGUGGUUCUAAAGUCCAAGAGAUUUUUGUUGGUGGUUUGAAUUCAAUUAAGCACAACGUACAUUUGUGUGUACUUAAACCGAAACCUAAACAGUUUGAAAACAAAAAUUACUAGUUUUCUCCACUGACAUAUCAUUUUAAAACAUAUCAUUUUUCGUAACGUAUGAAAACAGUUAGAUGGCCAUCAAGUCAGGUUUUUUUUUACUGACUUUCCACUACUGUUAAAUAGUUAACAAAAGUACACUAUCUCUCACAAAGCAACCAAAUAAUUUUAAUUGUGUCAACUUUGGUCGUCAAAUCAUGUUAAACCACGGACCUCAAUUUACUCGACAAAUAUACACAAUUUAGUUUAUAUAUUAUUACAGUUUAACGUCCAAAGAUGACUCAAUUACAAAUUAUCUUAAACACACGAUCUAGUUCAUACUGUUACGAGAAUGAUAACUGGAAUUUAACAUUAAGUACAGUGUAGUUGUUCCUGGGAGGAAGGAAAACGAACUCUGAGCUUCACAAAUCCAACAUGUACUUAAAAGUGUGGCGCCGGCGUCGCUGAAUAUUACACAUAGUUAGCCAAAUUGAGAAAACAAAAGUCACCAAAUCAGUUAAAACUGACUAAAGAUAAAAAUUUCAAACACAGGGUUUGUUUUCUUUCAUGUUUUUGUGAAUGACGAGUCGAUUAAAGGCAUCUUCAUCCCACGAUUUAUACCUGUCGACGAACUCAGACGGAGUUAUUAAAUUGAGAAUAUAAAUUAAUCCGUGUCAUAUUUUUUAUUGCAUUCUUUGGAAGUUAUCAGAUAUUGAAACAUAAUUUAUUGGCAGUUGUAGGUUAUGACCAACAAUAAUGAAAUUGUCUAUGUACCUGGGUUAUAAGCCUUCUCUGAGAUUGUUUUUUAUUAUUUAGUGGAGUCUAGUGAAAAAGUUUAUUUAUAUUCGACUAGGUGCCCCUUCUUACAAGUCAUGUUUAAUGCGCAUGUCUCUCUUAUUUUUACAAAUUGGUGUAAAAAGUGAUGUUUUUCAAUAACUUCGUUUUUUACAUUCUACCUAUGUAUAAGAGUAUAAUGUUAAUAUAAAUUUCUCUAGUCUAUAGUUGUAAUGUGAACUAAGUUAGUGUUACGAACAAUGUGAAGACUCUGCAAGGUGCUAAGUACUGAAAAAUUCAGUAAUUUUGUUGUUUCUUCCUUAUGAUAUUUAAACUCAUAAAUCCAUUUCAUCACCCAUAAACCAAAAAAUAUCAAAUGAAAUGGGUUUAUAGCCUCCUCAGUGAACUCUGUAUUCUUGCCCUGCUCACUACAGUGAUGGUAGUGGGUACUUCAGGAAUGUUUCCUUAAUCUUCCACUCUCUGUAAAAAAAUACCUGCAAUUGUAUAUUUUCUAGUGUAGUGCCUCACUGUUCUAAUCAUUUUUAUACAUAAUUAGGAACAAUAUAGACUGACGAUUUGUAAUUAGUUGAGUUAAAUUCAGCCAACUCAUUUGAUAUAUCUGUAAUGUAAAUAGUACUCUUGUUGGCCAAUUAAAUUGUUAAUAUAUUCAAAGUGAUUUCACCAAUCAUAAAUAUAUCAUCUUACGACUA